AUGGAGUACGACGCCACCGACGCGGCCCACGGGCAGCGACGGAAGGGGAUCCGGUACGUCACCUACGGCGUCGGCGCGGACGACGAGGGCCCGACGCGAUCGAAGGACGGCGUGUGCUUCGUCGAGUCGAGCCCCGACCAGGUGAACCGCGCGUUGAACCGCGCGGGCCCGCCCGCCGCGAACGAUUGGCCGCACCCGUGGGACGAGAACCACUUCCACGGCGGCGAGCGUCUGAAAGCGAACGCGAUCCGAGCCGCGGAGGCGGUCGUGGACCUCGGCGCGGACGUGCGCGAGCGCGGCGCGGCCGCGGGCGGGGAGAUUCGCGCCCGGCUCGUCGCGAAGAUCUCGUCCAUCCACAACUCCACCGGGACGCGGCAGCUCGCGCUGUGGGACGAGACGAAGACCGGAUACGCGGCGUACAAGCAAGGUUUGCUCGGCAUGCUCAUCGCCAUGCUCGAGGAGAUGGACCCCGCGGACGUCGCGCUCCCGGACGUCGCCACGUGCCUCGCGUACGCCGCGUGCGACGACCUCAUUCAGCUCCAAGCCGUGAAGCUCGGCGUCGUGCCCACGCUGAUAAAAUUGUUCACGUCGGAGAAUAUGCACCACCCGAAGCUGCUCGCGGCCGUCGCGGACGCGAUGUCGAGCGUGUUGAACACGUCGGAAGGGUGCGACGAGGCGAUCCGAAUCGGCGGGAUGAACAACGUCGUGGACGUCCUGAGCUCGUGCGUCCCCGCGGUGGAGGCGACGGCGGCGGCGGCGGCGCUGGCGAGGAAAAAUAAACGUCACGGCGCGCUCGCGGAGUGCGCGACCGCGGCGGAGGAGCCGCCGGUGCCGGACGUCGACCCGCAUCGCGUCGCGUUCGCGGCGGUCGAGGUGGUGAACAGCGCGGCGUGGGACGCGAAGUAUAGGCCGUUUUGCGUCGCCGCCGUGCCCGUGUUGGCGCGCGUGUUGCACGCGGGGACCGCGCAUCUCGAGACGGAGACGAACGCCGCGCGCUCGAGGGAUCGCGAAGUGCGCGCGCGGGCGUGGUCGAGAGAGGUGAUGAAAUCCUUGAACGCGAAGCGGGGCGUCGAAGAAGCCGAGGGGAAGGUUGGCGAGGAGAACAAGAAGGCGGAGAAAGAACCCAAACGCGCGUGGGAGAAGAUGAAACCGGGGCGGAAGAGGGACAUCGUGCGAGUAAUCCACAAGAAGCUGUCGUCCGCGGAUCUCAAGGAGCUCACGAUCAACAAGAUGCUCGAGCACUUGAGAAAUACAAUCAGAGAGAUCGACGUCACCGGUUUCAUGGACGACGAGGAAGACUUCGUGAAGCACGAGGUCGGACAGUGGCUCCUGAAUAACUUCACCGGCGGCGACCCGCGAGAGAAGGACGGCCGUGGAUCGUGUAUACAUCCGUGCCGGUUCGACCUCACGGACGACGAAGACGCGGACGUGGAGGACUGCUGCGGGACGCGACAUCCGCUCCAGAUCGGACACACGAUGUCGACGUUUCAAGACCGCCCAGCGAGCGAUUUCAACGCGCCGCCGCCGACGGUCGAGCCAAAGCCAGAUCUGCGCGUCACGCAUCCGGCCGUCGCGCCCGCGAAGUUGCACGAGACGCUCGCGAUGACCGCCGAGGCGAUCGGCAGGGUGGCGUUCAACUGCCGCGCCGGGUGGCAGGCGUGCUUCGACGCGGGCGUUCACGCGCCGAUCGUGAACAUCCUGAAGAAGUCCGCGGCGCCCGUCAUGCGCGCGGCGCUGAGAAACGACGGCGCCGUGUUUUUAAACGAGAGCGCGUUCGAUGCCGAGCGUCUCCAGCACGCGGAGGACGUGGACAAGCUGAGGUGCGUUCUAUACACUGGUUCCCAUACGACCGCGUUGGCGUGGUGA